GGUCGCCAAGGCAACGGGCUCCGCUGCGCUCGGCGGGCGCCAGGCAGCCCGGGGGAGGCGCUGCGGGCCAGCGGCCCGGGCUCGGCUGGCGGCGGGACGGCAGGAGACGCGGAGAGAGGGAGAGAGAGAGGGCACGAGAGAUCCUGCCUGCACCCCUGGCCCGCUCUGCUAAUCUUGCUUACCCUCGGAAGGGAGGCGUUCUGAAUGCUGGCUUCUUAAAUUUGACCUUCCCUUCUGACUGAGGACCGCUGGACUUUGAAGGAGCUCUCUGCUCUUAAUUUCCAUAUUGAUUAGUCAACAGUGGAAAAUCUGAAGAGAUGCGAGCUGGAAAAAGAAACUAAACCAGGCCUGAAGAGCGAUGCGACAGGCAUGAUGGAGGUCGAGUCCUCCUACUCGGACUUCAUCUCCUGUGACCGGACGGGCCGCCGGAACGCAGUCCCUGACAUCCAGGGAGACUCCGAGGCCGUAAGCGUACGGAAGCUGGCUGGCGACAUGGGCGAGCUGGCCCUCGAGAACGCAGGAACUACCGUUUGCCGAGCACAUGCUGGGACUCUAGACACCCCACGCAAAUAUCCUGACCCUCACCAGCUACAAAAGGACAGGCGGAGGUGGGCACCCCAGACAAGGAAGGCAGCAAUCAGCCCAAGAGCAGCGAUGGGACCACCUCAUCUUGAACAUGACCUUGCCCGAGGAGGCUGGAAGAGAGACGCGCCGUGGACGGAAAGCCCUGGCACUGGCCCGGCAGCCUUUCCGCUGAGCAACGUGUUCCAGGCAAGCCAGGCCAGACUGAAAGGCAGCCCCAGAGGCUCCCAUGGCCCCUACCCUGGGAAGGCCCUCUGCCCACACCCCCAGGCUCCACGCUCCCACCACCUCCUCACUCGCCCGGGGUACACUUUCAAGACACUGUAACCACAGGAUGUUAUUUAUUCAGCAGGUGCUGGGACUCGGGGGCUGGGUCCUGCCACCUGGGUGAACAGCCUGGGCAGGGACCGCAUUCUAGCUCUGCCCCCUCUUCUCCAACCCAGCCAGCCUUCUGUGUCAGGACCUUCUUACCCCUUUUUUAAGAAGCACUUUUAAACUUUUUAGAAACUUUAAACCUUUUCUCAGCAGAGAGGGAGGGAGCUGACAAUUUACCUUUUAUUUUGGAAGCCAUUGUAAGUUAAACUUUUUGACCAUCUAUGCAGCUCUGAGGUUCCCCUAUGGAGCUUCACAGAUCUAUUUUUAGGGAAGGGAUCUUGUGCUCAAAACUCUCUGAUUAACUCUUUGCCCUUUCUACCAAGAUAAGUGACACCUAGGACCCAGGAAAUAAAUGCUGAUGAUUUGUGUGA